UCUCCUCUUUGCGAGCCGCUUUCAGUGCACUUUUUCGGGGGAGGGCAGCAAGGGAAGCGGCCCGUGUGGGAGGAAAGAGGCACUCUUACUGCGCACGCGCCGCCUCUCCGCGGGCUGGCCUGGCUUCCGGUCCGCGGGGCGUCCCCGUCGCCAUGGCAACCGCCGCCCCACAGGCCCCGGGGCGAGAGGCGACGCUGCUGGGAUGAUCCCGCCGGCGGACUCGCUGCUCCGCUACGAGACGCCCGUGCUGGUGAGCCGCAACACCGAGAAGCGCUCGCCCAAGGCCCGGCCGCUGAAGGUGAGCCCGCAGGUGCCGACGCCUACGGUCCCCGUCUCGCCGCCCAAGGGCAAGGCGCCGUCGCCCUCGGUGGACGCCGGCAAGCAGGCCGAGGAGAUCCUCAACGCCAUCCUGCCCCCGCGAGAAUGGGUGGAGGAGAACCAGCUAUGGAUCCAGCAGGUGUCCAGCACCCCCAGCACUCGCAUGGACGUGGUGCAUCUGCAGGAGCAGCUGGACCUCAAACUCCAGCAGCGCCAGGCCCGGGAGACUGGCAUUUGCCCCGUGAGACGAGAGCUGUACUCCCAGUGUUUUGAUGAACUGAUCCGGGAGGUAACCAUCAAUUGUGCAGAGCGGGGGCUGCUUCUGUUGCGUGUGCGGGACGAGAUCCGGAUGACUAUUGCAGCUUACCAGACCCUGUAUGAGAGUAGCGUUGCCUUUGGCAUGAGGAAGGCGCUGCAGGCUGAGCAGGGGAAGUCUGACAUGGAAAGGAAAAUUGCAGAUCUAGAGGAUGAGAAACGAGACUUGGAGAGGCAAGUUAAUGAGCAAAAGGCCAAAUGUGAAGCAAUUGAAAAACGGGAACUUGAAAGGCGGCAGGUAGAGGAAAAGAAGCAUACUGAAGAAGUCCAGUUCCUGAAACGGACCAAUCAGCAGCUCAAGGCACAACUUGAAGGCAUCAUUGCCCCAAAGAAGUAGACCCUUCCAGCAGCCCUGGGGAAGAAGUGCCUCCUAAGUGGCAAACUGGGCUUCCAGAAUUCAUUAUUCCCAAAUUGUGUACGGGCUCUCUUACUUGGAUCAACUAAAGUGCAAGCACACAGAUCAGCUUCCCCUUCCCCGUUAGUGAUUUCUCAGCUGGCUUGGGAUUUGCCUCACUAGUUCACACUCACCGGAUAUUUUUAGUUAUUUUUAUGCUGUAGUACUUCAGUCUGCCAGUACUGGGCAGGUCUCAGCCCUACAGCCAGACAAAGGGUUGUACACAUUAAAUCACAUUAAAAUAAGCCACAAUUCUAUAA